AUGUCAGCUUGGCUGUGGCGGUGUGGUGAGAGUGCGGUGCUGCUGCUGGCGCUGCUACAGCUCCUCCAGCAGGACCGCAUCGCGGCCCUUGGCUCGGCCAGUCCCAGCAUCUUCGGCAAGAGGCGCGGCCAAGGCAUAAUCGUCGGGAACCAGAGCAUCCACGACCGCAGGAGCAAAGUCUUCAAAGAAAUAGCUACCAGCACGGCGCCAACAAGCUCGGUGACAUCGGAGGACCCACCUUUCCCCCCACAUGGAUCUCGCCUGCCCCUGACGGUGGGCAUCGUGCUGCCCGCGUCCCUCUUCAGGAAGCGCAAGUACCUGCAUGAGGUCAGGAUGGCUGUCGACAGGUUCAGGGACGAGAACAAGAACAGCGACCUGCUCAAAUAUUAUGACUUCACUCCAGACAAGGUCAUAAUGAGCACACUACCGCCCAGCUCUUCGCCCACUAAGAUCCUAGACACGAUCUGCAAGGAAUUUCUGCCGCGCAACGUGUCCGCUAUCAUGUAUCUCUUCAACAACGAGAAAUUUGGCCGCUCAACUGCCUCGGUCCAGUACUUCUUCCAGCUCGCUGGAUACCUCGGCAUUCCAGUCAUCUCCUGGAAUGCCGACAAUUCUGGACUGGAACGGGAUCAGCGCACGUGGAGUUUGCAGUUGCAGCUGGCACCGUCCAUCGAGCACCAGGCGUCCGCGAUGCUGUCCAUCCUACAGCGUUACUCGUGGCCAAAGUUUGCCAUCGUGACCACACUCAUCGCUGGCCACAACGACUUCAUUCAAGCCGUUCGUGAACAAAUUCUCGAGCUGCCAAAGCAGGGCACCGAACAAGAGCAAGAGUUACCUCUGGAUCGUUACUCAGAGCAAUAUCGUGUACAGGCAAGAGUUACCUCUGGAUCGUUACUCAGAGCAAUAUCGUGUGCAGGCAAGAGUUACCUCUGGAUCGUUACUCAGAGCGUCAUCCAGAGCAAGACUGAUGAUCCUCCGGACGAGUUCCCUGUAGGCAUGCUCGGCGUUCACUUUGGCACGAACGAGUCGUUCAUGAUGUCGGAGAUCAGCACGGCGGUGAAGGUGUUUGCAUGGGGCACGUCUGCGUACGUCUCUGACGCCAUGGAGCGGGGCGCUCUGCCUGACCUGAACCCGGCGCUCUCUUGUGACACGGGCGAUGCCAAGUGGCAUGCAGGCUCCAACUACUACAGGUUCCUGAAGAACAUCAGCAUCGACAUGAGUGCGGACAACCCCAAGAUUCCAUACCUGCGCUUCAACGCAGACGGCACCCGCAAGGCCGUCGAGCUGCGCAUCAUGAACCUUCGUCCUGACCUGUCAAAGAAGCUCGCAUGGGAGGAGAUCGGGGUGUGGUACUCGUGGAAGUCGCAGGGCCUCGAGGUGAAGGACAUCGUGUGGCCAGGACACGCUCACGUCCCUCCUAACGGCAUCCCUGAGAAGUUUCAUCUCAGGAUCACGUUCAUGGAGGAGCCUCCCUUCAUCAACAUGGCGCCCACCAACCCUCUCACGGGAACUUGUCCAGCCGACAAGGGCGUGCUGUGUCGGGUAGCAACUGACGAAAUGAUGGUCGGGGUGAACGUGACGGAGGCCAUGCGCAACUCGAGCUACUACCGCUGCUGCUCGGGCUUCUGCAUCGAUUUGCUCGUCAAGUUUUCCAAUGAUCUGGGAUUUUCCUAUGAUUUUUCGAGAGUCGAGGACGGCAUCUGGGGUGCCAUUGUCAACGGCAAAUGGACGGGUCUACCCGCGGCCGUUUUAGCCGGCAAGGCCGACAUGGUCAUCACUUCGAUCAAGAUCAACUCGCAGAGGGAACAAGUGAUGGAGUUCACGGUGCCCUUCCUCGACACCGGCAUCGCGAUGGUCGUGUCGAAGCGGACUGGCAUUAUAUCUCCUACGGCAUUUUUGGAACCCUUCGAUUUGGCCUCGUGGAUGAUGGUGGCUUUUGUGGCGAUCCAAGUGGCGGCUGUGGCGAUAUUCCUGUUCGAGUGGCUCAGUCCUUCCGGCUACAAUAUGAGGAUGCAGCCACCACGGGACCAUCCGUUCUCAUUGUUCCGGACACUGUGGCUCGUCUGGGCCAUACUCUUCCAGGCCGCCGUCAACGUCGACUGUCCCAAGGGCUUCACCGCGCG